AUGAAUCUAUCAGCCGAGGGCCCAUCUAACAAACGGAUCGCUUUACAAUCGCUGUCCCAGCGCAUUAGCGCCUGGCCAGAGGAAGAUUGGUCGGGUAUCACGGACCCAAAAACACGCAGAAGGCUGCAAAAUCGCCUGAACCAAAGAGCUCGACGUCUACAGAAUAAGAAACAGCUGUCUCCUUUGGGGGGCAGAAAGACAAAGGAGCGCAAUGGUUCUCCUUCCAAUGGACUACAUGAAUCAGCCGCACUUGCUCUUGAGCCUCAGAUUAAGGACCAAACCCUGGCAGCGCCUACUGCUAUUGACUUCACCUCUCUAGAAGAGAUUGAUGAUGUGCACAUACUGGAAUCGAAUGCCCCAACCACAAAAAUAAGAAUGGCACGAUUGGAAAUGACAGCCCUUCAGUACUAUGCUAUGGGUUCCCCACGAACCGAUCUGUUACUCAAUCUAAUCUCACUGAAUUUUACCAGAGCCCUGAUGGAAAAUACAAGAAUACUGAGCCUCAAACCUGAUCAGCUCCACGAUGAUGCAAUCUCACCAUUCAACACCGCAGGCCCAUGGCAAAAUGAUUCUCUCCAUACCCUUCCAAUAAAUCUCCAACCUACUGUGAUCCAACGCUCUAUUCCACAUCACCCGUGGUUAGACCUGCUUCCUGUUCCUCAAAUGAGGGAUAAUUUGAUCAUCGUUGGGGACUUUGAGGAGGAGACACAGCUUUGCCUGGAUAUGAAGGGUAAUGGGAGCACGCGGUCGGGAAGAAGUGGUAUUAUCGUUUGGACUGAUCCUUGGGAUCCGGCGGGGUGGGAGAUUACUGAGCCUUUUGCUCGUUCUUGGGGCUGGGUUAUUAGAAACUGUCAUGAUUUGGCUCAUUCUACGAAUCGGUGGCGGGCGAAGCGGAAUGAAAGACCGCUGUUCCGUAUGAGUUGA